AUGAUAUGUAUAAGAGGAACCUUAAACCUAGAGAAAAGCUUGGAAAAAGAUAGACCCAUCAACGUAAUGGAAUGCUGGCAUUUUGCAGAGACUACAUCUUCUGGGCAACCUAUUUUAAGAGAGAAUGAGAAGGAUAUACUCAUUGACCAGAUGGUUGGUUUGUACCAUAACAAAUCAAAGAUUUUAAACAGACAAAAGGGUAGAAUCUUCCUUACUUCACAGAGAAUAGUUUAUGUCGAUGACUUGAAUCCAACAAAAAACUCUUUGAGCCUUGAAUUGAGUGGCAUUGAAUCCCUACAGUUUUCAUCAAGAUUCCUUCGAAGAUCAGCACGACUCAUUUUAUUCGUAAAGAAGGUUGACGAUUCUCAAGUUAUUGGUCCCGAUGGUAAAGCGACAGGUUAUUAUGAAAACUGCAUUAGUACUUGGGUCUGUCCCAUUUGCAUGAUGUCCAAUGAAACAAAGGGCGAAUUCACUGAAUCUACUGACCCUUGCCCCAUAUGUGUCAAUUGUGGUGUAGCAGCAGAUUAUGAAAUGACAAAAGAUUCCUUGAGUAUUUCACUCUCAAAUGAUUACCUCAAAGGGAGUAGCUCGGAAAGCUUUGACUCCAAGAGUAAUGACGUUAAUCAAUGCCCUGCAUGUACUUUUAUCAACCAUUAUCAAAUCACUAAUUGCGAAAUAUGUGGAACUAGGUUGCCAAAUUCAAAAAUACGACAAGGUACUAACAAUGAAAUUGGGUUUAAGGACUCUAGAGUUCAUUUUGAACUGGAACAUCCAAUUUCAACUAGUAAAAAUGUGAAUGAUGAAGUUACGAAUUUCUUACAGAUAAGUUUCCGUAAAUCUGAUGGGGUACUAUUUGCCCAAGCUACUGAAAAGGCGCUCAAAGAUUUGAAGAAGACAGAAUUGGGUAGCGUUUAUAACAAGAAUUUGGUUUCGGUCAACGGCGUUAAAGUAAAGGACGAGGGUUUAACCGAUUUACCACUGUUAGAGACGAAGUUGGGUAAGAUUGGUAUCACCAGUUUAGAGAAAUCCGGCGAAACUCAGUUACUCAACAAUGAUAUAAUAUUCAAUAAUGCAUUAACCGAUCUUAACAGAUUGAUGUCAUUAGCAAACGAUAUUGAACAGUUGUACACUGGAAUUUCUCCCAAAUUAUUGGGCGAGAGGAAAGAAGGUGGCCAUAAACCAUCUUUGAUCUUGGAUAGAGAGAAAUUUUAUAACAAGUCAUUAUUUUUGGAUGAGAUUGCUCGUGAGAUUUAUGAAUUUGCCAUAUCAGAAUUCAAAGCUGAAAAAGAAAGACUUGGAUACGUAAUGGUAACUUUAGUGGAUCUCUAUGCAAUGUACAACAAAUGCAUGAGGAUUGGAACUGGUCUCAUAUCACCACAAGAAAUGCGCGAAGCCUGCGAAAGGUUCGAAGAAUUAGGUUUAAAGGAUUUGAAAUUGACGAAGAUCAACGGUCGUGUUCUUUGUCUGGCGUCGAAAAAUUCGUUUGACUUUGUAAAGACUAAAAUUUUGGACAUCGUAAAUGAAUCUGCUGGCUGUGAUCCACUACUACUGACUCAAUUACUCAACAGGGACAGCUCGAAUGCAUGGACUUUUGCUAUUAUCACGGAAGUAUUGCAAAAUUGUAUCGACCAUGGUGACAUAGUCAUCGAUGAACAAAUCAGCGGUAUUCAUUACUACAGAAACAGUUAUUGGCCUGUAGCAGUCUGA